CGCGGACUGGCCCCUCUCCGGGCUGGGCGCUCCGGGCGGCCGAGCGGAGGCGCGGCGGAGACACGAGCCCGGAGCGGCGAGCCGGAGUGGGGCCGUGGCCCCUGGCCCUGCGGACAUCGAGGGCCCCUGAGAGCCAUCCCCAAGGACCGAUGCGCCGGGUGGGGCGCUGCCCCCGAAGGCGAGGGCGAAGGCGAGGGAGAGAGCCGCCCGCAGAUUGAGCAACUUGGGAACAGGCAGGAGGAGCGCGGGCGAGCCGGGCGCCCAGGACGGUCCCGCGGCCGGCCUCGCCUUCGCCCACCCGGGCUUGACCCGCGAGGCUGGCAGCGCGAGGCAGCCUGUUCUGCGACCUCUAUUCUCCAACCCAUGGCGCAUCCGGGGAUCGCUAGUGAGAAAUUAUCUGGACGGUUUACAUUUUGGGUGUUUGUGAAAUGUAAGGACUGAUGGAAUGGAUCUGCCAGGGUCUGCUACCUCAUCCUGACAAAUGCUACAGUUGGAGGUUGGUUUUGGGGCUGUCUGUUGCAGUGAUGAAGAUCUCCCAUGUGACACUCAGAGGAGGCUUUGAGGAACUCUGCCUUUGAGGACCCUUGGUCUGGGCCGAUGGACCCUCUCUGUCCACGGUUGAGAUUUUGGUGGAUUUGGGCUGUGGCCUAGGCCUGAAUCUCCUGCUGCUGACCUAGCCUUAGAGGCACUAGCAAGAGCCCGGCACCACCCACUGCCCCCCAGGGACCACCCCUCCUGCCGGGGGCCGGAGCUGAAAAGUGACUAUGCGGCUUGGGCUCUAUGUGGUGGCCCUGGUUCUGAGCUGCCAGCACCUCACCGCCAGCAGCCGAGGGCUCAAGGGGAAGAGGCAGAGGCGGAUCAGUGCUGAGGGGAGCCAAGCCUGCGCCAAGGGCUGUGAGCUCUGCUCCGAGGUCAACGGCUGCCUCAAGUGUUCACCCAAGCUCUUCAUCCUGCUGGAGCGGAACGACAUCCGCCAGGUGGGCGUCUGCUUGCCAUCCUGCCCGCCCGGAUACUUUGACGCCCGAAACCCCGACAUGAACAAGUGCAUCAAAUGCAAGAUUGAGCACUGCGAGGCCUGCUUCAGCCACAACUUCUGCACCAAGUGUCAGGAGGGCCGGUAUUUACACAAGGGUCGCUGCUACCCAGCCUGUCCUGAGGGCUCCACCCCCACCAAUGGCACCAUGGAGUGCAGCAGUCCUGCACAAUGUGAAAUGAGUGAGUGGUCGCUGUGGGGACCCUGCUCUAAGAAGAAGAAGCUCUGUGGCUUCCGGAAGGGCUCUGAGGAGCGGACACGCAGAGUGCUUCAUGCUCCCUGGGGGGACCACACCACCUGCUCUGACACCAAGGAGACCCGGAAGUGCACAGUGCGGAGGACGCCGUGUCCUGAUGGGCAGAAGAGGAGAAAGGGAGGCCAGGGACGGCGGGAUAACACCAACAGGAACUCAGGCCGGAAGGAGAACAAGGAAGCCAGCCCGAGCUCUCGGAGACCUAAGGGGCAGCAGCAGCUGCCACGGCAGCCACAGCCAGGGACAGCGGGACCACUCACAUCUGCUGGGCCCACCUAAGCACAGGAUCCAGCCCCCAGGCACAUGCAGAAGAGCCCUGUGCUGCUUUGCGUCAGGAAAUCUUCCUAGAACUGGAGUGUCAGUGGCAAUGUGCACGUAUACACUCCAUCCAUCCAUGCACUCACAGCCAUGUCCCACUGUGCAAUCAGACAUACACAUGCAUGUGCAAACACACAUACACAACUGAGGCCACCAGAAGACACUUCCACCCUGUGGCCCAGCAAUACACACUUGGCGUACGAUGCACACAGUGGAUGUGUCAGACCAUUUCCCAGCAUCCAAAUGCAAACUUUGUAGCAUGCAACCUUCUGAAGAAGCAGCUGGGAUUGCAGGUGUGGUGGAGCAGCCAACACUUGAGGACUGCUGAGGGAGAAGAAUUCAUCCUGCCCAUUCAGCACGCCAGCUAUGUGACUUUAUCUUGGAGAGUAUCCCUAUGCAUCUGUGAUACAUAUCAGGGCUGACCUGACUCAAAAAACUGCUUAAAAGUUUAUUUCAAAUUAAAAAAAAAACCAACCACCGUA